AUGGAGGAAUUCUACAAAUGGGAAGAUUUUAAUUUGGACGAAGAAAAAAUAUUGAUAAUAAUUCGAUUGUUAGUAGAGCAUGGCAAGGAAGAUUUGAAAUGCUCUGUGUAUUGCAUUAUGCGCAAACUAAUAUCAAACAAAGUCGCAAUAAAUUUUAAUUUAAAGGGAACAAAUAGAGAAGGAACAAGAAUUCAGAAAAAGAAAUUUCUAGAUACGAUAUCUUAUGGUCUUAUCAUUGCUCCUCUGAAGAGGCAUUCACAAGAAAGAAAAGAUAGGGGCCUUCACUUUUUAUAUGAUAGAGAGAGUGCAGACUUCCAUAUUGCGAACUGGUUAAAGGACGCAAAAAAACAUCUUGAAAACGAAGAGCUUAGGUUAAAGAAGGGCAAGCAACAAGGCGAGCAAUCAGAAAAUAAUGCAAAUGACUAGAAAAAUCGAAGAGCCAAGGUUACGCUGUAUUUUAUUUUAUUUUUUGUUUAUGU